AUGCAAGACCUGCAACUAUCUCAGGAUGGUGAGGAGGACCCCGGCGAGCAUCUUAUGACCAUUCUCAACAACCUGAAAUGGAAAAAUGGACGCUUUCGAUGCUUUUUCGCCUUCCGAGAUGUGCGUUGCCAACACACGGCAUUCCUCACUGUAGUUGUAUUGCAUCGCACCGUGAAGAACAAGGAGCAGCUUAAGCUCGAGCUCCAGCAACCGAUGACACAUUUCAAUGGCAAUAACACUGCAGUUCGCCGUCGAGCAUGCCAGGCCAAGCUUGCGGAAGGCGAGAUGCUCAAGAAUGUAUUCAGAGAGCUUGUCAUCCUCAGUGCUACUGCCUAUGAGGGCGACGGUUUGACAGGGGCGAUUGUCCCUGCUGCCGCCAUCGACCCAGCCCAUGUCGCUCUCUCUUUUCGAAACCCCGUCAACAUCGACGACAUCAAAGGGACCCGCAAACUUCUUGAGAUGACUUCUCCCGAUGGCCACGCUCUUAUCCUAGACACGUCUCGCAAAGUUGUUGGGCUCUGCCGCUUGGCUGAGAUUAAGCGAGACAAAGUUGUGGUAAUGUUUACAAAACCACUGUGUUGGGAGCUCAAGAUCAGUUCUGGCAGAGGCCCUGAGGAGUUUACAACAUUCUACACUGUCUCGGCUUCAGGAGGCGUUUCUCUACCCAAGGAGCGCCUGGGACAAGCUGAUGUCAAUGCUGCUAUCCAACACACUUUCGGGAAUCGCGCCCAUUCACACGCCAUCUGGACAGUUAUUGGACACGCACUGAGACAAAAACAUGGAACCAUGGUUGUCAUCAGCAACGCCGCUGAAGCAGAAGCCAACCGCUUAUCCUCCCAGUCGACCAAACUCAAACAGCCAAGGUUACUGGAUGAAGGGCUGGUCCUUGCUGUCACCAGUAUUGACGGGGCGGUACUUCUAGACCGGAAAGGGAAGUGUCACGCCAUUGGAGUCAUCCUUGACGGGCCCGUGUCCCGCAAUGGUGACAGCAGUCGCGGUGCAAGAUUCAACAGUGGGUGGAGGUACUAUGAUCAAGCGAAGCGCAACAAGCAGCAAGUUCUCAUUGUCAUUGUGUCAGAGGACGGUUACGUGACAAUGAUUCCUCAGAAACCUUAAGC